AUGAGCUAUAGUUAUAAUAUUCAAUCGCCAGCACAAUACUUGAUAAACGAGCUUCUGGAAAAUGUGUUUCUAAACUGCAAAACGAGUGAUUGGUUUCGCUUCUUACUUGUAAAUCGACAUUGGUGUAGCAAUGCAAUUAGAUUAAUUUGGCGGUCGCCGUUUUUUUACUCGGAAGACCAUAGAAUUAUUGAUGUUUAUUUGUCGUUUUUGAAUAAUGAAGAGCGAGCUGAACUUAAAACUAAAGGUGUUGUUGUGCCACCAACUCCUUCCACAUUUUUUCAAUAUCCGGUGUUUCUUCGCGGAAUGGAUUUUAAAGCUUUGGAUGCUGCAAUUAGGGAUUGGAUGUUCUUUAAUGUUCAUCCACCGAUAACAGCCGUACAUGAAGAAAUCCUAGAGACUCUAAAUGACAAUACAACAAACAACAUUAUGCAAAUUGAACCCGGACCGAUACUCAUCACAUGUAAAGAUUCGUUCGCCAUAUCAUCCUCAAAUCCAGCAGCAGCCUCUUCAAGUCAUAAGAAAAUCGAACCUGACAGCAUUGAGACUUCAAAAUCAAACCGACCAAACUAUUCUUAUUUAGUCACGGGUACGACUAGCGAUGAUUUCGCAUGGCAUCGAGCAGUCAAAAGUGUCCUCGUGAAAAUGUUUUUGAGAUAUGCACCGCCACUUUCAAUAAUAUGUGUCGACGAGCCCGAAAUAUUUUCAAUUGGAGACGAGGAACAUUUUGUGCAUUGGAUAAGCCAAGUUCGAGAGUUGAGUUUAGUUGCCGAUUUCGGAUGGUGGGAUAUUAUUCCGGUGUUAUCGAUUGGUUGUAAGAAUUUGAAUACCUUAAUGGUUUCACAUUUGCCGAAUUUCAAAGAAAAAGAACCAGAGCAAGUUUCCUUAUUUUUUGAUUUCUUAACCAAACAAGAAAAACUCGUUCGAUUCGAAUUAAAAAAUUCUGAAUGCUUUCACGAGGGUCUCGAACGAGUACUCGAGGCGUUACCAGCCACACUACAACACCUAGUUUUCCAAGCGGACAAUAAACCGGACGGUCCAAAUUCACUUGACGUCUUGACAAGAUUUCGAUGUUUGCAAUCUCUUGAAUUUUGGGGCGAAUUCACAUUAACCGACACACUUAUCCGACCAUUCACAUCCAAUAACUUUCCAAAUCUUCAAAACAUUUUGAUAGCUGGCAUCAAAAUUUGUAACCGAUUCCAGAAUUGGAUUAGUAAAAUAAAUACGAAAGCAAAUUAA